CGGAAGUGCUUUGUCAAAGCGUCCAAAUUAGCGUCGAGUGUCGCGCGACAGUUUCUGUGUCAUGAAUUUCCUUCCAAUGCGCGUCUUGAAAUCCUAUAAUGCGGCGCUACAUUCGUGCACUGGUGCUGUGCAUGGUGUUUGCCGUGUUUUCGGGCUUGUUCGUGUACAGUAAACUGUUUUACUCCGACGUCUCAGUCGCUAGCGGAGCCAAGAGGUUGGUCAGCCCCCCGCAAGACCCCGGAGCCGGAGGAGAAGAAGAAGACGGAGCCGCCACGGGCGCUGAGCAGCGAAACCCACACCGGGCCAACAGGAAUGUCACGCGUGACGGCAGGGAUGCUGUCGGAAGCACGGAAAGCCGACUCCCGCCCCCCAUGCAUCUGGCCGUGGUGACCUGUGGGGAGAGGCUGGAGGAGACCCUCACCAUGAUCAAAUCGGGGGUGCUGUUCAGCAUCAAGCCCCUCCAUUUGCACAUCUUUGCAGAAGAUCAGCUCCAUGCUAGCUUUGUAGAAGCUCUGGAGAGUUGGCCUGGGUUCGUUCGCUCCACCUUUACCUACACCCUCCACCCCAUCAGCUUUCCCAGCGAAAAUGCAAAAGAAUGGAAGAAACUUUUCAAACCCUGCGCGUCGCAGAGACUCUUCCUGCCUUUGAUCCUAAAGGACGUGGACUCGGUGGUCUACGUCGACUCGGACAUCCUCUUCCUGCGGCCCGUGGACGAGUUGUGGGGCUUUCUGACGCGGUUCGACCGCUCCCAGCUCGCCGCCAUGGCCCCAGAGCACGAGGAGCCGCGCAUAGCCUGGUACAACCGCUUCGCCAUGCACCCCUUCUACGGCAGGACGGGCGUCAACUCGGGCGUCAUGCUCAUGAACAUGACGAGGAUGAGGAGCGCCUACUUCAAGAACGACAUGACGCCGGUGGGGCUGCUGUGGGAGGAGCUGCUGAUGCCUCUGCUGCAGAAAUACAAGCUGAACAUAACCUGGGGAGAUCAGGACCUUCUCAAUAUCAUUUUCCACCACAACCCCGAGAGGCUGCUGGAGUUUCCCUGCAAGUGGAAUUACCGUCCGGACCACUGCAUCUACGGCAGUAACUGCGCUUCAGCCGAGGAGGACGGCGUCUGCGUCAUGCACGGAAACAGAGGCGUGUACCACGACCAGAAGCAGCCGGCUUUCAGGGCCGUUUACCAGGCUAUAAAGAAGGCAGAUUUUUUUGAACUCAGAGCAAGGUUUGUCUGUUGACGAGAAACCAUCGACACAGAAAAAUGGAAACAACAUUGAAGGGAAGCCUUCUGUGGAACUCCAACCAAAAAAUAAAAUAAAACUGCUAGUUUUUGGUUCUGGACUUUUAUUUUGACGAUCUUUGGGUGCUCAUUUGAAUGCCGGUAGCUUCUUUAGUACGGACCUCCACCGUCCAACCAUCUGUCAUCUCUGUCCAGAGCAGGACUUUUUGGUGUUCAGAGGGGUGUCUGCU